AAAAAAAAAAAAAAAAAAAAAAAAAAAGAUUGUACGUCGGAUCCAAAACGCGCGUUUUAACAAACGCUAAACCUACUCCAGAUUCUUCUCCUUUCCGCCAUUGCUCGGAAAUCGCGUCUUCGAGCAAUGUGCUGCUGAAACUGAGUCACCCUUCCGAGUUACUUCGAAGGUUUACACUAAGUUUGGGUUUUUGUAAGAAACCGCGUUUCCAAAAUGUUCAACUUCAAGCAAUGGUUGGUUCUUUUGGUGUGUUCGUUAGUAAUGAUGAAGACAGAAGGACUGUUUGUUAAUAUUACAUAUGUUCGAAACGCAGUCGCUAAAGGGGCCGUUUGUUUGGAUGGAAGUCCACCAGCUUAUCAUUUAGACAGAGGUUCUGGAACUGGAAUUAAUAGCUGGUUGAUUCAGCUUGAGGGAGGAGGAUGGUGUAAUAAUGUCACAAAUUGUCUCAGUCGGAUGCAUACUCGAUUAGGUUCAUCUAAGAAAAUGGUGGAGAACCUUGCUUUCUCAGCUAUUCUUAGCAAUAAGAAACAAUAUAAUCCUGAUUUUUACAAUUGGAAUAGAGUGAAAGUUAGAUACUGCGACGGGUCAUCAUUCACAGGAGAUGUGCAAGCAGUGAACCCUGCUACUAAUCUUCACUUCAGAGGUGCUAGAAUUUGGCUAGCCGUUAUGCAAGAGCUCCUCGCUAAAGGCAUGAGAAACGCCGAGAAUGCUGUUUUGUCUGGGUGUUCUGCUGGUGGGUUAGCUUCAUUGAUGCAUUGUGACAGUUUUCGUGCUUUAUUACCUAUGGGUUCCAGAGUAAAAUGUCUUUCAGAUGCUGGCUUUUUUCUAAAUACAAGAGAUGUCUCAGGAGUUCAAUACAUCAAACAAUACUUCCAAGAUGUGGUUACUCUUCAUGGAUCAGCAAAGAAUUUGCCGAGGUCAUGCACAUCAAGAUUGACCCCUGCAAUGUGUUUCUUCCCACAAUAUGUGGCUCGCCAGAUUAGAACUCCUCUUUUCAUCCUCAAUGCUGCAUACGACUCUUGGCAGAUAAAGAACAUUUUGGCUCCGCGUGCCGCUGAUCCUUACGGAAAAUGGCAAAGUUGUCAACUUGACAUCAAGAAUUGCCAUCCUAGCCAACUCAAAGUUAUGCAAGAUUUCAGGUUAGAGUUCUUGAGUGCGGUGAUAGGUUUAGGAAGAUCCUCAUCAAGAGGGAUGUUCAUAGAUUCUUGCUACACUCACUGUCAAACCGAGACACAAACUUCAUGGUUCUGGCAAGAUUCUCCAAUUCUAAACCGAACGACAAUCGCAAAAGCUGUUGGAGAUUGGGUUUAUGACAGAACAUUGUUUCAGAAGAUAGAUUGUCCUUACCCUUGUAACCCUACUUGCCACCACAGGGUUUUCACACCUCUAGAUGCUCCUCCAAUUUAA